CGUUGCAUCAUGGGAGGGAUCAUGACCAUCAUCCUGGUGGCGGGCUCCAUCUUGGCCCUCUUGACGCUCAUCGUCAUCAUCAUCAUCCUGUGCUGCUGUCGUCUGAAGGAGCACUGUGACGCGUGUUGCCCGUCCGAGGAGGACGACAAGAACUUCCCACACAUCUACAGGACACACCACGGGCUUAACGACAGGACUAGUAGCACGACUAACGCCCGACAAGGAAGAAUAUGCCGGUCGGGAAGUCUGUACGUGUCUGCCGUAUGACUGGCGGCUUGCUGUC